AUGGAGAAUCUGGAGGUGGGAGGACAGCCCGUGUGUGUGGUGGCGGAGGGCACGUGGGACAUCCAGCACGCAGAGCCAGCUAAGCCCACCCAGCCCUGCUGCGUGACAGGAGGGUCGGUGCUGAAGGGGGGGAGGCUGUUGGAAGGGGAUUCUCUGGAGCUGAGCUGUAGUGCUGGUCCUGCAAAGGUGAUACUGGAGCCAAACCAAGUCGUGGUUUUGGACUGUAACCUGGCCCCUGUUGAGCAGGUGAUCAAUAUCACGUGGAAGAAGAAUGGGUUUCCAUUAGUGGAGCAGGAACAUAUCCACGUGCUUCCGAAUGGAUCACUCUUCAUCUCAUCCCAGGCUGUGGCAAAGGACAGUAAAUAUCCUGAGAGGGCUGGUGCGGAGGGUGAUUACUCCUGCGUGUCGCACAGCUCCCUAGGGGCUGUCACCAGUCAGACGGCUGCAGUCAGAUUUUCAACAUUAUCACGCUUUUUCCAACAGCCGGAGUCACAGACAGUGGAAGAAAAUGGCAUGGCCCGGUUUGAGUGUCGGAUUGAAGGGCUGCCGUCCCCGGUCAUCACGUGGGAGAAGGACCAUGAAGCUGUUCCAGCAGAACCCAGGUUUGUAACUCUUCCAAAUGGUGUCCUUCAAAUCGUGGAUGUGCAGGAGAGUGAUGCUGGGGCUUACCACUGCGUGGCAACCAACGCCGCCCGAAAACGCUACAGCAAUGAUGCCGUCCUCAGCGUCCUGAAAGGUUCCCAGCCAGCGGGAGGAGAUGUCACCAUCGUCGCCGCUCCGGAGAACACCACGGUGGUGGCCGGGGAGAGCGUGGUGAUGGAGUGCAUGGCGGCUGCCGAUCCCACCCCCUUCGUCUCCUGGAUACGACAGGAUGGAAAGCCCGUUUCGACGGAUGUGAUUGUGCUGGGCCGGACAAAUCUCCUCAUUCCUUCCAGCCAGCCCCAUCACUCGGGGGUCUACGUCUGCCGUGCCAACAAACCCCAGACCAGGCAGUUUGUUACAGCAGCAGCUGAGCUCCGGGUCCUUGCUACACCCAGCAUCUCCCAGGCUCCUGAAACCAUCUCACGCACCCGAGCCAGCACGGCCCGGUUUGUCUGCAAGGCGGAGGGCGAGCCAGCCCCGAGCAUUCACUGGCUGAAGAACGGCGAGGCCAUCCUCUCCAACGGGCGGGUGAAGGUGCAGAGCAGCGGGAGCCUCGUCAUUAACCAGAUCGGGUUGGAGGAUGCUGGCUACUACCAGUGCGUGGCUGAGAACAGCCUGGGCAUGGCUUGUGCCACUGCCAAGCUCUCAGUGAUCGUGCGGGAGGGUUUGCCCAGCGCUCCCAAGAAGGUGUCAGCUGUGUCCCUCUCCAGCACCACAGUCCUGGUGUCCUGGGAGCGGCCAGAGUACAACAGCGAGCAGAUCAUUGGCUUCUCGUUACACUACCAGCGGGCUGUGGGAACAGAUAAUGUGGAAUACCAGUUUGCUGUCAACAAUGAUACCACUGAGCUGCAAGUCAAGGACCUAGAACCCAACACCAACUAUGUCUUCUACGUGGUCGCGUAUUCUCAGCUCGGAGCCAGCCGGACGUCCUCUUCCAUCGUUGUUCAGACCCUGGAGGACGUUCCUAGUGCUGCCCCUCAGCUGUCCCUCUCGAGCAUGACUCCUGGUGACAUCCGUGUGACAUGGCUGCCUCCUCCUCCAGAGCUGAGUAAUGGCAAGAUAACGAAGUACAAGAUCGACUACUGCACCCUCAAGGAAGAUCAGGUCACCUCCAUGGAAGUGGGUGGAAAUGAGACUCAGAUCACUCUCUACUCGCUCCAUCCCAACAAAGUAUACAAAGUUCGCAUCGCCGCCAGCACCAGCAUGGGCUAUGGGGCCCCUUCUGAGUGGACCCAGCAUCGGACUCCCGACAGGGACAACCAGACGCAUGUUCCAUUUGCCCCGACAGAAUUAAAAGUCCGAGCGAAGAUGGAGUCUCUCCUGAUAACGUGGCAGCCCCCAGCCAACCAUGCCCAGAUAUCAGGCUACAAGCUCUACUACCGAGAAGUGGGCCCAGAGGAGUCCAGCGAUGAGAGCCCUGUGGAUGGUGCUGAAGAUGAGAGCUGGGACGUAGGACCCAUAAAACUAAAGAAGAAAGUGAAGCAGUACGAGCUGACUCGACUAGCUCCUGGGAAACUCUAUGAGGUGAAGCUGGUGGCAUUCAAUAAGCACGAAGAUGGUUAUGCGGCGGUUUGGAAGGGCAAAACAGAAAAGGCACCUGCAGCAGCAGUAGAUCCUCCUGUGCAGAAAGGUCCUCCGCUGCCUCCAGUCCAAGUCUAUGCAGAGUCCAACAGCUCAACUUCCAUAUGGCUCAGGUGGAAGAAACCUGACUUCACAACAGUCAAAAUUGUCAACUACACUGUGCGCUUCAGCCCCUGGGGCCUGAAAAAUGCCUCUCUUGUUACGUACUACACAAGCUCGGAUGAGGACAUUCUCAUUAGUGGGUUGAAGCCCUACACCAGGUAUGAGUUUGCUGUGCAGUCCAAUGGCGUUGGCAUCUUCCCGACCGCUGAACAAGCCCAUGCACAAGUCCUGCCCUGUCCUGGGCUCAGCAGCCUCCUCUAUGCGCUCUCCACAGCUCGUUUGGGUCCCUCGACUCCUCCGUCUGACCUGCGGCUGCACCCGCUCAACCCCUACGCUGUGCAGGUGCACUGGUGCCCCCCCGUCGAGCCCAACGGCAUCAUUGUGGAGUACCUCAUCCUGUAUAACGCCAACAACACGCAGCCAGAUGACAUGUGGACCUUGCUGACGCGAGAAGGAAAUAUCUUCAGCACUGAAGUGCAUGGCCUGGAAAGUGAUACCAGAUACUUCUUCAAGAUGGGAGCGAAGACUGUCGUGGGAUCUGGCCCCUAUUCCAACGUUAAGGAUGUGCACACCCUCCGGGAGAAGCUGUCUGAUGUUCUGGAUAUCCACUCCGUCACGGGAAUCAUUGUGGGCGUCUGCCUGGGGCUGCUCUGCAUCCUCUUCUGCAUGUGUGCCAGCUUCCGCAACAGCAAGCAGAGGGAGGCCCUGCCAGGCCUGGAUUCCCAGGCAGCCGGCAACCACACUUACUACCACCGGAGCAGGCAAGGGGUGGCAGCUCCCAGUGCCACCUUGGACUCGCAUGAGCUGGAGUCCCUCAUGUCCCCACUCCCGGAGGAUGCACCCGUGCCCCUGGGAGACAUCACGGAGCUGACAGAAGUGCACAGCCUCAUCCACACGAGCCUCCCAGAGGACAUCGUCCGGGGAAAGAGGAAGUCUACAUGGAAUAAAUCGGCUCACCAGCCCUGGACAAACAGCGUAGCCAGGUACGGGGACGAUAUCACAAAAGAGCCUCUCUCUGCUGCGAACGGGUCGCUGAAGCUCCCUCCCAGCGCAGGACAGAAGCUUUUGUUACAAGCUCUGGUUUACGAUGCCGUGAUGAACGAAGCAAAGAAAAGCCACCCGCCAGCCAACCUCCACCAAGUAGAAGCAGAGGUCAUCGUCCAUUCUGAUUUUUCAGCUUCUGACAGAGACUACAACUCCCAGCUGCACACCCUGGAGAGCGAAGAGACAGAAACCGAGGACCAGGAGCCUGACGAGCUCCCCUCCGGAGAGCCGGCUCUUCCCAGCUCUCCCAGCGCCCAGCAGAACACUAGCCAAGUGCUGGGGGACGGCACGGCCAAUUCCGAGACUUGGUCCCGGGAUGAGCUGUUACCUACCGACACAAAGACUGACACCCCAGAGGCCGUUUGCGUCCGUGGGCUCACCAAUGGCUUCCACAGGCACGGGGAGAGUCUGGAUUCAGUGGAGAGCGGAGAUUCGGACUCCAUCCAGGAGGGCAGGGGGGAUGUGCAGCCAGUCAAGUGCCAGUUGCGUUGCCCGGCCCCGGAGGAGGCCCCUCUCUGUAGUAACUCUCAUUUAACCAGUUCAUCCUCAGCAUCUGAGAACGUGGCAGGUGUCCACAAUCCUGGAAGAGUGAACUAA